CUGAGAAGAUCAUUUACAACCUGAAUUGGUGAUCUGAUUGUUAACGCAUUUGGUGAAGUUUGGUGAGAAAAAAAACUAUCGUGGUGAGAUGUGUUUUGUCUCGUGGUGAACUGAAGUGAGGUGAAUAGUGAUGAGCUUCGUAGUGAGAUGUGUUAUGGCGUAUUGAUUAAGUUGUAUGCAGGAAGAUGAGGCUGAUGUGUCCCUUGAGGCUCAGUGCCUGUGUCCUGCUCAAUUCUUCUACAAGACCAGGCAAGAGAAGUGACUUGAAAUUCAGUGUUAGGCUUCGGUCUACUGAGACGACCGUUCCAUGGAGCCGGAUAAAGCAGAGGCACAUACCUAGUGACAACCUCCUAAUGAAGACCACCCUGAGCCCUAUUAACACCAGGGCUCCCUCAGGUCUCUUCAUACAGGGAGGUCAUGGACGACUUAAAAGCAAUGUGGCUUCAGGAGAACAAGACCUUGGACCACCUCUUCCCUACACCGCCAUCCCAGGACCUCGACCCCUUCCUGUCAUCGGCAACAAGUUCCUGUUUACUUCCCUAGGUGGGUACCCCAUGGAGAGGUUCUGGGACUCAUCCUGGAAGCUGUACAACAAAUUUGGUCCCAUCGUCAGGGUCACAAAAUUCGCUGGUGAUCUGGACAUGGUGAUAGUGUUCCGCCCAGAAGACACCGCCAAAAUAUACCAGGCUGAGGGUCGCUUACCUGUACGACCUGGGUUGGACAUUCUCACCUACUACCGCGCCAGCAGACCCACCUGGUUCUCCUCACCUGGACUCGUACCUGGGAACGGAAGUGAGUGGCGUCGUCUGCGUAGCGCCGUACACGCUCUCCUUCGACCGGAAGUAGUGAGCAGGUACCGAGCGGCGCAGAAUAAGGUGGCGGAGGACCUGGUAUGUCUCCUGAUGGCGCGUUACCCAUUACAAGAGGGUCCUGAAGGUGGGUCUCACGUCGUGCCGGACCUUCUGCCUCUGCUCUUCCAUUACACACUAGAAGCUGUCGGAGUUGUGUCUUUGGGUACCCGACUAGGCUGCCUUCAUCCAGACGCCCAUGACCACCAAGGGCAUCAUGACCUCUCCUCCACCCGCGCCAGCAGAGUCAUCACAGCUAACCAGAAUAUUCUUGAACUUUUGGGAGAGUCGAUGUUUUUGCCUCCGUUCUACAAGUACUUCCCGUCGAGGAUGUAUCGUCGACUGUCUCACGCCCAGGACACCAUCGCUGGAAUAGUUCAGGAGGAGUUGAUGUUACGUCAGGAGGAACGAGCCCAAGACCCUGAGGCAUUUUCCUUUCACCACCCUUUCCUGGACUCCCUCUUCAGUAACUCUCAGCUUCCCACCAUGGACGUCUUCCUCCUGCUGGUGGAGAUCUUCCAGGGUGGUAUAGACGCUGGGUUGGUGUACCUGCGGGCGGUGGUGCAGGAAACACUUAGGCUACGGCCCUCAGCCUCCUCCAGGAGUAGAUUGAUCCAGCAGGACAUGGUGUUCUCCGGCUACCUGGUACCUGCAGGAGGCCUUGUAGUUAUUGAGGGUCUUAAAGGCAAUACAAUAACAAUUAACACAAUUAUCCUGUGGUGCGAUGCGACCGGCGGUAGUGCGCUGGGACGCCUCUAUGAGUAG